AUCAGUAUCUAUUUGUACAUCAUCUCUACUCCUCGAAGUCUCGAGCCAAACUACAAACGCACAGAUCGAUCUUCUCAACACCAGAAAUCAAUCAAACAGAAAGACAGACAGAGAUGAGGAAUCCAUCUUCAUCAUCAUCAGCACGGGAAACGAAGGAAAAAACGGCAGGAACAACAACAACAACUACUAAGACACCAUGCUGUGCAAAGAUAGGGAUGAAGAGGGGACCAUGGACGCCGGAGGAGGACGAGCUUCUGUCCAACUACAUAAAUCGAGAAGGCGAAGGCAGGUGGCGGACGCUCCCGAAAAGAGCGGGUCUGCUCCGCUGCGGCAAGAGCUGUCGCCUUCGGUGGAUGAACUACCUUCGCCCUUGUGUUAAGCGAGGCCAGAUCGCCCCCGAUGAGGAAGAUCUCAUUCUCCGCCUCCACCGACUCCUCGGAAACAGGUGGUCACUAAUAGCUGGGAGGAUUCCGGGUCGGACAGAUAAUGAGAUAAAGAAUUACUGGAACACGCACCUGAGCAAGAAGUUGAUAAGUCAAGGAAUUGAUCCAAGAACACACAAGCCAUUAAAUCCUGAUCAUCACCACCACCUCAAAGCUUCUUCUUCUUCGAAACCGAAUUCCAUUCCCUGUUGUUCUAACCCUAAUCCAGACAAUAACAUUAUUAUUGUCAAUAAGGAUUUUCAAAAUGGGAAUCUCCAAAGUGUUUCACUUGAUCAUCACCUGCAGUAUCAAUUACCAGGAACUUCAGCAGUGAAUAACGGCUACUCGGCCAGUUUUUUCAACAACAAAAGCAAUGAAGAAGAAGAUGAUGAUAUGCUCAAUUGUUGCAAUGAUGAUGUGUUCUCUUCAUUCCUCAAUUCACUCAUCAAUGAGGAAGCUUUCACUGCUCAACAACAACAACAAAUGGUGGAUCCUAAUUCUGAUCCGUUGGUUUCGUUUUUCGGGUUUGGAACAAGCUGGGAAUCUCCUCUGGUGUCAUCUACUUUUAACAAAAAUGAGUCCAAGAGGGUUGAUGACCAUGUCAACUAGCCUAUCUGAACCCGCCUGCAUAUACUCUUCCAUAUUAUGAAGCUGCAUGCAUGUUGGUUUGCUUAGUAUUUACCAUAUAUCUAUCUAUCUAUCUACCACUGAAUUAUAGGGUUUGGCUUUAUGAUUUUAUGUAUCUUGAUUAUGUAUUAAUAUUGUGUCUUAUAGACAUCUUACUAUUUCUAUUUAUAUGUUGUUGUAUGUGUGAGAAUACGUAUGUAUUGGUGUUCCAAACAAACCUUAUAUUAUCUUUUGAACAAUUUAUGAAUGUAAGUUUUUGUAUGAA